CCAAUACUCGGCUUCACAAUUCCACUUUCCAUAUCCACCACAUCGAUCGAUCCCCCUAUCACCGGAAAAAAAAAAAAAAAAGCCAUGGCGUUGUUCGCCGCCCCGGCGCCGCCCGGCGUUUACGCCGGAGCCCACCCGCACCCUCCUGCUACGCGCACCAAUAACUACCCCGGAACGCCCGCGCAGCGCUACUGCUACGCCACGCCCACGCCCCCGCGCGCAUCUCGCCUCGUAGCCCGAGCCCAGCGCGCCACGUGGCUCCCCGGCCUCGACCCGCCGCCUCACCUCGACGGCACGCUAGCUGGGGACUUCGGGUUCGAUCCGCUGGGGCUGGGCGAGGAUCCGGAAAGCUUGAGAUGGUACGUCCAGGCGGAGCUCGUGCAUUGCCGCUUCGCCAUGGCCGGCGUUGCCGGCAUUCUCGUCACCGAUUUACUUCGCGUCGCAGGAGUCGGCAAUAUACCAGUAUGGUUUGAAGCAGGCGCCGUGAAGUUCGAGUUUGCGAGUACUCGUGCACUCUUCAUUGUUCAACUCUUCCUGAUGGGAUUUGUAGAAACCAAGAGGUAUAUGGAUUUUAUUAACCCUGGAUCACAAGCAAGAGAAGGAACUUUCCUAGGUUUGGAGGCUGCGUUAGAAGGUUUACAGCCUGGCUAUCCGGGAGGGCCGCUGUUCAACCCACUCGGCCUUGCGAAAGAUAUCGAGCACGCGGAUGAGCUAAAGCUGAAAGAAAUCAAGAAUGGUAGGCUCGCGAUGGUUGCUAUGCUCGGGAUGUUCGUGCAGGCGUAUGUGACACGUGCCGGCCCGAUCGACAACCUUUUGACGCACAUUUCGGACCCCUUCAAGAGAACCAUCAUUCAAACCCUUUCCGGCGCGAAUUCGUGAGAACAAGCUGUGGUUUUGUUGCAGUACUGCAGAGUGGCAGUUGUGUAAUCUGCUUUGUGUUGCUGUUGCAUCACAUUCUUAAUUACUCUUCCUCAUCUUCUCAUCAGUUUGCAAUUUUUAAAAUGAGAUUACUGAAUCA